AUGUCGCUUACGCCCUCCAAUCCCCGGAUGAUGAGCCAAGCCAUCGGCUCCGGCAUCAAGCUCAAUCCCUCUCCAUCUCCAUUCUUCAAGACAACCCCGCGCUCCCCCGUCAAGGCUGGACGCGCCGAAGCCAGUCUCGCAUUGCGUCAAGUCAUCGGUACCACGACCAAUUCCGCCAAUGCCUUCGACAGCCUGUCAUUGGGGAGUUCCUUUGGCUACACAGCAGGUGCUGCCGCCGUCAUUGCGUGCAUAGACGACCAAGGGCAUGUCACGCAGCGUUUCUACCGCGCACGACCUACUACGAACCCCAUCAAUCCUUCGGCAUCCAUAUAUGGCGGACCCUCGACGCCUACCCAGAACGAGAGCCGCAAUCGCACAGCCGUCUCUUUGCGCGACGCUGGCUUCGCGGGCUCCCCACUCCCGUCUCCGAGUGCUCACGACUGGGCAGAUUCGCCGAGCAAUAGAGCCUGGGGUACCAAAGACAAGAUCAAGGCGGCAACCUGUGUUAGCUUUAGUCCUGACGGGAAAUUCUUUGCCGUUGGAGAGACGGGUUACAAACCUCGCGUACUCAUCUUCUCUGCCUCUUUAGACGCUGCCUCAGAUACACCACUCACCUCCCUCUCGGAUCACACUUUCGGCGUCAACUGCGUGGCGUUCAGCCCCGAUUCCCGCUUUCUUGCUAGCUUGGGCUCAGCCAACGAUGGCUUCUUAUACAUAUGGCACAUCAACUCCCGCACCGGGGCUGCCACGCUGCAUGCUAGCAACAAGUGCGUCAGCCACAUCAACCGAAUGGCAUGGAUGGGAAACAAGUUGGUAACUGUCGGUGUCCGACAUGUCAAAGUUUGGAAGAUUGACGACCUCAACGCGACAAUGCGCAUCUCCAAGGCGCGUCAGAGCGAUGUCUCGUUUCUCUCAGGUUCCACACACAAGACCUUACCAGGAAGGAAUUGCAUCCUGGAGAGCCUGAAAGAGUCUACAUUCACAAGCGUGGUCGCUAUAGGCCGAAACAAGGCCAUCGUGGCUUCUGACAAGGGGGACAUAUGCCUCAUUGACGAUACCGAAUCCAAUCACCGCUUCUCGAGACUAGUUGACGCCGGCUUUGCUGUAAGCUCUCUAGCCGUCGACGUCAAAGGGCGACUCCACAUCGCUGGUAGUGAAGGAGCGCUCAAGACUUUCAACAUAGAGGAGAUGAUUGGAAGAUUGACUCCUCCGCCCUCGCCUCCACCGCGCGUUGAAUCACCCUCAAUCUCGGUGACGGAAUGCAAUCAAAUCGGUGUGAUAGCCUGUCUCAAAGACUACCUCAUCACUGUCGACACCCAUCGAGCUAUUCGGUUAUCAAGACUGUGUUCCGAUGAUGAUGAAGGCGCCGUGGGCAAUGUCGUUCACACAUUACCUGCACAUGGAAACGCUGUACUAGGAGUGCACGCCGGUCUUGCGCAACCGAACGUGUUCGAGGCGUCAUACUACACAUGGGCUGCCGACGGCACAGUCAUCUUCUGGAGCCAAGGGUCAUGUAAAGGUUCUCUUCAAGUACAGCUUGAGCAGCUGGACGAUCCUGAUGCCGUUCCCAAUGAGCUGAGGACUGUCCGUGCCUCCGCUGAUGGAGCUUUCCUCGUUGCAGGAGACAAGUACGGCGUUCUACGAUUCAUCGAUUGCAACACGAAAACCUGCACAUUAGAGUUUAAAGCACAUGCAAGUGAAAUCACCAGCAUUGCCAUACACGAGGAGUCGCACAUAACCUUCGUUGCGUGUGCCAGCCGAGAUCGUACAGUUCAAGUGUUCACACAAAUUGAAGGAACCUGGGAUCUGCUACAAACUCUGGACGAGCAUGUAGGAGCAGUAAACAGAGUCUCUUUCUCCCGAAACGGCACGCGUCUAGUGUCGUCUUCGAGCGACCGAAGUCUAGUGGUUCGCGAACUGUUGUCUCUCGAGGACGAUCGUGGAACGACCCGCGCCUUUGUAAUGUCACGAGCUAUCAUGCUAAAAGCAACACCGGUGUCGUCGGCUUGGGACGUUGACCAGGACGACGUCCUUCUCGUGUCAACUAUCGAUCGUCAGGUACACAAAUUUGACAUACGCACGGGUCAAUGUCUCAGCAACUUCCGUGCAUGCGACACUGAUGGUGGAGAUGCCGUCGUCUUGUCUUCUUUGGUCCACAUACCACGCAACUGGGGUGCUCCAUUGAUAGCUGGUGUGUCAAGUACCGACAAGUCGAUACGCGUCUACGAUGAAAGCGGCUCUUUGGUCGCUCGUGACUGGGGUCAUACAGAGGGCGUUUCUGAUAUCGCGCUCGUGGAGGCACCUGGGCACGUGAGCGAAGAGCUGGGCGAGAAGUCGUUAGUCACAGUCGCUGUAGACGGAACCAUAUUUGCAUGGGCUCUGGCUCUACAAGCACCUAAUCGUCACGACAUAUCAAAGUCCAUGGAUUUGCUCGCCCCAAAUACGCCUUCCAACCAGGAUUUGCUGUCCAAUAAGCCACCACUGCGGCGCGUACUCUCGCAGUCUGAAAUGGCCCGUUUUCAACGCUCACCGGUGGAAGAAACACCACCACCCAGCGGCAGCAAAUCACCAAAGUUGCGCAAAAAAGUAUCGAAAUUCUCCUUGGCCCCAACGCCGAAACUUGAACCGUCGCCUAUGACCAGCAGUGCACGCGAAGGCCGAAUAACAGCAUGGCAAGGGCAAGGCACAGGACGCAGAAACAAGAAUCGCUCCCCAUCGCCACCCAGUCCCAGAAACCCGCAGCUCGGUAAGCGCCGCCCAUCAAUGGACGCUAAGAACCGCGCAAAAGCCCCUGUCAAUGAAUUUGGCAGCAUAGGAGCGUCUACAGAGAGUCUAUGCAGAACACUCCGAGCCUACAGGAAACGUCUUGCAAACACCAGCGAUACCAUGAGCCCGGAACUUGCAAAAGAGGUUGAGAGGGAGCUUGCCGCUACCGCUAGAGCGAUUGGAGACAGGGUAAAAACUAAGGCCUUUGAGGAGACGGUCAUGGUCAAGCUGCUGGAUCAGUAUUCGGAACGACUGGUAAACAUGCUGGAUGAGAAGAUCGCAGCCAGCGUUGCACAACGGGUACGCGAGAGUAGCGUCGGCAAUUUCUCGGAUGGGGCAGAUUCGCCCGUUAUUGCCCAACAUCCAUCAAGAAGUAGAGCGGGUAGUGAGGACAUAGGAAACCACCGUACAGAUGACUCUGAAUCGGGUACCGAGACUCUAGUGUUAGAGACCACGGAAAAGUUGACGUUGGAAUAG